AUGCUGCAUCGCUCUUUCUGGCGAUUGACGGCAGCAGCCGUUGCCAGCUCUGCCGCGAGUGGCGAGACGCUUGCGCCCUUCACUGCCCGCGUCGGGGCCCUGUGCAAGCAGAUGCACGCAGCUGGCGCGGAGUUCGACUGCGUUGCCGUCGACCCCAGCGAGGAGCAGUGCCGCGGCCUCGUAGCCAAGUGCGCCAUUCGGGAGGGCACCACCGUCAUGUCGGUUCCCCUCCAGUCGUGUGGCAUCUCCUCCGACCAGCUCAUCAAGGACGACGCGUUUAUGCAGGCAAUGAAGCCCCCGAGCCUGAACAUGGUGCGACACGUCAUGAAUACCUGCAGUAUUCGCGAUCCGGUCAUGCACGAGCAGUUUUACUUGGCGCUCCUGAUUGCGGCCGACCACAUGAACCCCGCCAGCCCCCGCAGCGACUACUACAACCUCCUCCCGCACCCCGCCAUUGAUGACGCUCUGGUGAUUCAGCGCUACAAGGACGUUCUCGACCCGCUGCUGCUCGUGGAGUGGGACGACUACCAGAAGGAUAUGCUCUCCGUCCUGCACCACCUGCUCCGGCGCUGGGGCUCGCCGUUGGCCCCGCCCAUCCAGGUGGCGUACUGGGCCCUGCGCACCGUGCUCAGCCGCAUGCACAUGCUGCCGAAGGCUGGUCUGGCACCACAGCAGGUGGGGUCCACCCUCAGCUACACGGCGCUGUCCACUGUCGAUCAAGCUGACCUGCAGACGCGAUGGCGGAGGCGAUUCAAGUCCAUCUUGAGCUCGCUGACGGGCAACCCAGCUGACGCCGAGGAAUACCACCUCGUCCCCACGCUAGUGCCACUGCUGGACAUGACCCCGCACAUCCCCUCCAGCAACGUGCAGGUAGAGGUGAACACGCGUGGCACCGCUGUCGGCGGCUGCGCUGAGCUUCGCGCGGUGCGCGACAUCGACGCUGGAGAGACGAUUGGUCUGCGGUUCAACUCCUCCCAGGCGCCAGUGUUUCUGCUCUUCCGCUUUGGCUUCAUUCCGCAGUAG